CAUGCGCAGUAGUGUCAAUGUCAGUCCUCUGAAGAAUGCUGUGUAUGACACGGUUAGUCCUAGGGGCUGGGGUUACCGGGUUGCCAUCCCGUGGCAAAGCCUCCCUAGCUGCUAAAAUGGCACAGUACCGGAAGAUGCGGAAACCAACAACACCACAGAACUGGACAGUAGAUUAUCGGGAGCGAUACAUCCCUUUUUCCAAGGAGCAGCUGGUUAAUACUCUACUGAAGGAGUUCCACUCCUCCAGCCACACAGAGAGAGUCUCAUUCCUGGCAUUUGUCUCUCAAGUGGACGCCUCCCUUCUGUACCACUACCACUCUGUCCUUGAGCAACUAAAGGGUCUCUAUGAACCUAUCAACCCCGACCAGGAUACGCUGCAAGAGACCUCUUUGACGGAUGCCGAACGGUUAACAAAAGAAAAGGAUGUUUUGGGGAAGUUGGAACCAUUGCUGGACCAGGCGAAUUUCAACAGUCUGUCAGAGGAUACACUGGCAUAUGCCCUGGCGGUCAACCACCCUUAUGAUGAAGUCCAGGUGUCUGUGAAUCUCGAUCAGUACGAGUACAUACAGUUCUGGGCUCUCGGCCAACGCAUAGGCCCACUGCGUGUGAUGACGACCCUUCAGGCCCAGAGGGGCUUUUUUGGCACAUCUCCUCGGAUUCCUGCAGACAGGCAUUAUUUCAAGAGGGUGGUGGUGGCUGCCCGGACCAAGAAUGCACACCUGGUGCUGAAGUGCUUUAAAGACAUCCCACUGGAGGGCUUGGAGCAGCUCCUGCCGGCCGUCAGAGUCCGCACGUCCAUCUUAUACAGGGCCCUCCUCAACAGCAUGCUGAUAGUGAGCGGUUUGGCCGUCUUUGUCAAUGUGGGCAUGGUGGUCCUUACCGACCUCAAGAUCGGCACCGCCUCCCUGCUGCUGUUCUUUGCUGCCUUUAUGGCUUUCCGGGCUUGGAAGGUCUUUGGCCAGCGGAGGAACGUUCAUGCCCUUGAGCUGGUGCAUAUGCUGUAUUACCGCAGUACGUCCAACAACUCAGAACUGCUAGGCUCUCUUAUUCUGCGGGCCCAAGAAGAACAUGCAAAGGAGGUCAUCUUGGCAUACAGCUUCCUUAAGCAGCAGCACCACUUGAAGGAGGAUGCAGACUUCAAACCUGUUGAACACCUGCAGCAAGAUGUGCAGGAGUGGUUACAUCUCCGCUCUGGGCUGGACAUAACCUUCUGUGCUGAACGUGCCUGCAAGCAUCUGAAGGAGUUGGGAGUGCAAGGUUGCAGGCCCCCCCAUGGUUAAGAUCAACCCUAUGACUGGUUGGGAAACCCUUAAAAUUAUUUUAGACGGCACUUUUGGUUCGAAAAGGUGAGCACUCUUGAGAAGUCCCUAUUACUAAGCAUACCAAGCUUACAACGCAUGAGUAUUGGAAGAUUUGUUUUUUUCCAAGGCAUUAUGGAAAAGGUGUCCCAAGGUGUGCUGUUGAUGCUGCAUGGGUACCCAUGUUUUUUUUAACUGUUGUUCUUCUGUGGAUGCAUAUAUUGUAAGGCAAAGCAUAAACACACCAUGGGGUAUACAUUUCAGUUGGUGUACAUCAUAGCGAAGAGGCCAACUUGUAUCUCAAACACUGUUAUUUGGUGGGAGGUGGGAAGGAACUGCUUUUAAAAUUUCCCAACUCUUUUUUUUUCUUUUAAUGCAAAGCACUUCUAUGGUAUACUGCUUUUUUUCCUUUCUCUGAGGAAUGAGCGGUUUCUUACAGGGCUGUUUACAUUGAAAUGAGAGUGGCACAAAGCAAUGAAUCUCUUGCAUUUAGUGCAAGAUGGGCUUUAAAACAUCCCUUGCUCUCCUGUUGGGAACAGGGUUUUUUCCCCUCUUAGUAAUUUCUGAAGCACUUUGAAAUGCUUGGUGGUACACUUGUGCUUUGCCUGAAAGACUGUACUGCACAAUAGAUUCCUCUUUGUUCUCAUUUUGAAGAGAAAAGAGAGUCUGAAAGACAAAGUGUGUGGUCUUGGUUAAAUCAAUAAGUUCAGGCAACGCUUCAAGUUGUGAAAGAGAUGCUGUGCAUGGCCCAGAGAUGCUUUUUUCCAUAUUAUUGCUUCACCUAUUCCAGGGAUAGGCCUCCUGUAGUGGAAAGCAGGUUCCAAGACGGAACCUUGAAAUGAAAAAUUUAAGUCCCAGUGGAGAUCUGAAUUCUGCCCUCCUGCAUGCAAGUCCCAAUAAUCAUGGUUUAUGUGCCGAAUGUUCCAGAUUCAGACCCUGGCAUGUCCAGCUGAAAGAAGUUCAAGAGAAGCAGGAAUUGGGAGACCCUUCUCUAGCUGUGACCUUGAAGAGCCACUGCUGGUAUAGACAAUACUAAGUUUAAAUGGACCAAUGGUGUGGCUCUGUCUAGGACAGCAUCAUACAUUUGUCCACUGGCCCAUACUUUUUAUCCUGUCUUCCUACAAUUGAGCUAGCACUUUACAGUGGUUAUUUGAUAUUCCAGAAAUCUGCAGAUGUGUCAAGAGGAGUUUGGGGGAGCAAGGCGGAUGAUUGAUGAUAGGUUUAAAAUAAGAUGGGCAUAUUUAUCCACUUGCUGCACGUAGUAUGUGUGUAUAUAGUGACAUCAAGUCGCAGCUGACUUAUGGGGACCCCUGCUGGGGUUUUCAAGGCAAGAGACUAACAGACGUGGUUUGCUAUUGCUUUGCCACUACAUAGCGACCCUAGUCUCCCUUGGUGGUCUCCCAUCCAAGCACUAACUGGUGUUGAGUCAACUUCUGAGAUCUGAUAUGAUUGCCCUAGUCCAGGCCAUCAAGGUCAGGGUGCUGCACAUAAAAAUCUUUCCAAUUUGACUCUUAAGGAAGCUACCUCUGCAAAUGACUUUCCUUUUCUGCCUCACUGGAGUGAAGAUGUUGUUAUUUUGCUCCUGGCACAUGUAAGAUAAAGUAGCCCUUUUGUUCCCGUGAAUAUAAUGUUUGCUGCUGGCUGCGUGAAACAGAAAUCCUGGGGCCCUGGCAGUUUCCCAAGAGCUGCAUGGCUGCCUUUGCCCUCUCCCCUCAAGGGACAAGAAAAGCAGCAUUUGGUAUAAUUGGUUUUCAUUACAUGGGGUCUCCUAAAAGGGAGUUGUCUAGGAAAUCCUCCAAUGGAGAAAUGAAUGUGAUGUAAAGCUGAGUCAAGCAAAAGCUGUUUGUAAUUAUAACAGUUUUCUCUUUCCAGCGAGUUUGCAGCAAACCCCAAAAAGAAACCUUGUAGCACUUUAAACACUAACAAAAUUCUGGAAGUGUUUGUGGGCUGGAGCCUGUUUUGUCAGAUGCAGGAAGUGAAAUCUGUCAGAACAAAUAUAUACACAACACAGGGAAAAUAGGGAAAUAUGAAGAAUGGCAUAAAAGGCUACAAAAUACAGGAGGUAUAGCUUGCACUGUUUUGUCAAUUUAACGCUCACAGAGGCUAAGAAAGCUGUUGGAUAUGUUUUAAGCUCUGGUUAAUGCACCUGAACCUGUUUAAUUCUUAUGCUUUUGUACAAUAUGUCCACUCAAGGUUAUCAAUCACUGAUUGGUGUGUGUAGUGGUAGGAAGGGACAGACAGCGCUGUGCAACUUUCCAGAAGCAUGGACCUGUUUUUAAGAGAAGAGACUGUUUUUUUUAUGUCCAUAGUCCAGGCCGAGUCUUAAAAUAUUGCUGAUUGCCCUUUUCUAAAUCUGUAGGAAAUCAUGCUGGCUUGAGGAAGUGCGUGAACUGUAUCUUCAGUAUAAUAAAG